AUUUCUUUAAAUAAGCUCUCCAUUCCGAUGGGUGUGCUUCUUUCGUGAAAGAUUUUCCAAUAAAAAGGUACUACCCAAGGCAGUUUUUUCGUGCAACGUGGAAUGGAGGUGGGAAAUCUGGUCUUUGCUUAUAAUAAUGGAAUGAUUGAAUUGUCACUUCCUUAAAUACUAUCCUUUCAUCAAAGUGAGAUUCUUGUCUAUUUCCUAUUGAAGAAACUCAUUGCUCAUGGAUAAAGACCGUUUCGACAUCAAAAACGACAGUCAUAGCGGAUUCAGAAUUGUGUAAUCUACCCGUUGUUCUAUCUCCGAUUCAACACUAUAGCAUGCAGCCGAUAAUGGAGAGAGAUAUAUAUAACGUGUGCAGUGAGGGAUCUUUAUAUUCUAUUAUAGGCAGCCAGUCUUUACUUAACUCGGCCCAAGCAACGCUCCUUCACUCCCAUGCCUUUCUUGGUCGGACCAACCCAACCGGUGAUUUCCAUCUUCCUGAAUUGGGAGAGCAAGAACAAGUCUCUCUUUUUUGGGGGGGAGCAGAGCAGUCAAAGAAAUGAAGCAAAGCAAAUGAUUUUUAUAGAAUGGCUAUUCCUCACAAUUUCUUCUUGUGAUGCAGCGGAACCAUGGCAAUUAGGAUCUCAAGACGCAGCAACACCUAUGAUGCAAGGAAUAAUAGACCUACAUCACGAUAUCUUUUUCUUCCUCAUUCUUAUUUUGGUUUUCGUAUCAUGGAUCUUGGUUCGCGCUUUAUGGCAUUUCCACUAUCCAAAAAAUCCAAUCCCGCAAAGGAUUGUUCAUGGAACUACUAUCGAGAUUCUUUGGACCAUAUUUCCUAGUAUCAUCCCUAUGUUCAUUGCUAUACCAUCAUUUGCUCUGUUAUACUCAAUGGACGAGGUAGUAGUAGAUCCAGCCAUGACUAUCAAAGCUAUUGGACAUCAAUGGUAUUGGACUUAUGAGUAUUCGGACUAUAACAGUUCCGAUGAACAGUCACUCACUUUUGACAGUUAUACGAUUCCAGAAGAUGAUCCAGAAUUGGGUCAAUCACGUUUAUUAGAAGUGGACAAUAGAGUGGUUGUACCAGCCAAAACUCAUCUACGUAUUAUUAUUACAUCUGCUGAUGUACCUCAUAGUUGGGCUGUACCUUCCUCAGGUGUCAAAUGUGAUGCUGUACCUGGUCGUUUAAAUCAGACCGUCAUUUCGGUACAACGAGAAGGAGUUUACUAUGGUCAGUGCAGUGAGAUUCGUGGAACUAAUCAUGCCUUUACGCGUGCGCCCGGAAACAUAGGCCGACUGCUGGGCCCACUCUGGCUCAGCCGCACCACCCCAGGUGCGAGCCACCCGAUAAGCAAGCUAUUACAGCGAGCGGCUGGAGCAUUAGGGAGCCGAGGAGCAAGGCAGUAGAUAAGAUAGAAGAAGGGGCCAGGCUCCCGGUGGAGCAGAGGAGACGGUUAGGAUAACGAACUUGAAACGCGGAGCCCGAGCGGCCGGCGAGCGAGUGGUUAGUGGCCAAUAGCGCCCUAGUGGAUGGCAUUCCUCUCUGCGGCUGGCACUCGAGGAACCACGGGGCACUCUAUACAGAGCAAGCAAGUCUGAGGGAUGAGACGCCCGCGCAAGGACCUCCAUUCUCAUUAGGAGGUCGAACCAAGGACCUAUGGAAGUCGGGGCUACCCCGUCCCCAUGGGCAAGGCAACAGUGUCCUGAGGGGGGAGUUUAGAGGCCUUAUAGUAGCACGGACUUACUUCUUUUUCGUUCUAGGUCAUGCGAAGGGGGCCAGUCCAAGAUCGUACUAUAUCCUCUACAAAGACAACAGACGCUCUCAACGGCUAGGCGCCACUCUCUUUCUUACUUAUUCCAACUUUUUCAUUCUUUCGUGUCGUGCCGCGGUGAACAAACAAAACAAAAAAGAAGAGGGGCGUCUCCGCGGAAGGAGAAGGACCUGCAACGGCAGAGACUACUGACUCUCUUCUUGUUCCUAGCCGUCUGUUAUGAGUCCGGGAAGCCUGGAAUCCUCAAUAUGAGGGAUCCCUCAAAAUAGAGAAGGGCGGGCAGGAUCGAAGAGCUUUUAUAACACUCAACUGCUCAGGAAAGGAGCAGAGAAUUCGAGCCCCAUCUUACUAAUAAUAAUGAAGGGCU